CAAAUGGGCAUUAUAAUUGAAACAUUUCACGGCAAAGUUCCAAAUACAAAAGCUGCUGCUAUUAUUUUCGAGGCUUGCCGUCGAGGAAUUCUCGAUAGAACAAAUCGUCGCCUUUUGGAUGAAGAAAGAAGAGCUUUGAAAGGUGGCGAAAUUUUUGUUUUUGCCGAGAAGUCUUCCGGUAUCAAGCGCUGGACGGAUGGAAAAUAUUGGUCUCCAAGUCGGGUAAUCGGUGACUUUUUAGUCUAUUUUGAACUCGACACUCGAAUGCACAAUAUUAAACGCGAACAAGACAUUAAUCCGAGCCUACGUUCAAGAAUCGAACGCGAAGGAUUAAAAGUCCAGAUCGGGAACAAAGGAACCUUUAUUUAUCGAAAGAAUGGGCUCAUCAAAAAAACUGUCUCGAUGAAUGGUGAGAAUGAUGUUGAGCAUAUGAUCAUUUAUGAAUACCCACCAUCGGAUAAUAGCACUGAAGAAGAACGCGAAAAGCUUUAUCCACCUCAAGCGUAUGUAGAAUUGGCUGAUAUUGAGCCAAGCGAAGAAAUCCUCAAGAGAUUUCAAAAACCAAAUCAUUCCAAUGAUAGAGAGAGAAUAGUUGAAGAUCACGGAUCUGAUGAUUAUGAUAAUGAGAAUGGCAGUGGCUCAUCCGAAAACGAUAAAUCCGAUGAGUGUCAGCAAUGGUCGAAUGUAUUAAAAUCCGAAAAUGAUGGCGAUUACAAUAAAGAAUCGAAUUGGGUUGUAUCUCGAGAGUCUUCAAAAGUAUUGGCUUACUCACCACAUUCGCCUAUUCAUUAUAGCACACCAGGUAUCGUUCCAAAUUCACCUUAUCCACAUUCACAAUAUCAUUGUUCUUCUGUUCAUCAACACGCAUGUGGCGGCAGUCAAAUGUCCUUCCAUAAUUAUAACAAUCCUAAUAAUUUAUCAGCCAAAUCGCCAUCGUUACACAUCAUUAAUCCUAUAUUUUUGAGCCGCCCCGAAAACAAUCCCACGAUCAGCAACACUGUCGUUAGCAACAAAUUUGGUGAGCAAAUUCCUCGGAAUCACGGCAACUUAUUGCCUGCCAUUUCCGGUCGUCAUCAUCCUUAUCAUAACCAUAAUUUAACUCCAAUCACAAACACAACAAAUUUUCAUCAAAUUGAAAAUGCGCCGAUUGAACCAUCUUUAACAUACCCGAGAUAUCCAAGUGAUGAUGUCAGAGAUAAUUUAAGAUUGAUGUCUCCCGUCGCUACAGCUACAAGCAGUAAUAAUCUCUUCUCAAAUUCAUCGUCGCUGAGAAAUUGGCCGACGACAAAUAAUUCUGACUCGCGUAAUUUUUUCCAAAACAAUCAUAACAGUACUGCUAAUGGGAUAGAAAAUGGCGAUGGCGCUGCAGUUACACUAGCAAAUCCUUCUCGAUCAGCAGAUUCGCCCGAGGGUUCAGAAAAAUCAGAAGAAAACGUUUAUUCAAGUGCAACAAUUACCGCGAAUGAAUCUAGUUCUUCGCAAUCAGACGAUUCACCCAAGAAUGAUGCUUUUGUUGCUAUUAAAUCCACCAAAAAACGAGGCGUUAUAGCCAACUCUCCUCGAUUAGAAAAUUUACUCGAGGAUUCAACGGAUGAAGACAUUAAUAAAACUGCUACAACUAGGUUUAAUCAGAGUCCAUCUGUCGUCAUCAGCACAUCACGAGUGAAUCAUCUCAAAGAUUCAAAAAAAUCAAAGGGAAACAGAAACACUGGCGCCGCAAAUUACCCCACUCAAAGAGCCGUUGUAAGACCUAGAACUAGUUCUCGUUCGGAAAUUGUCCGUUCGACUUCUUCUACAACUGCCGCAAAUAAUUAUGGUUUCGUUCCAAGAAGACCAUUUGUUGUGGCUAUUGGUGGUAAUAGUCCGGCUCGAUCCAGCCUCGGUCCGGUUUUGGUUCGGUCCAACAGUAGCGCGGAUUCUGGAUCGUGA